ACGCCACUAUGAAGUUAGCUGCAAAUAGAUAGCUGUCAAUAUUUUUUUGUUUUUUCUUUCUUUUUUGACUUCCUUUUGAUUGUGAACCAUCCAAAAUGUCUAAGAGAGGACGUGGUGGAACUGCGGGAGGAAAAUUCCGCAUCUCUUUGGGCUUGCCCGUUGGUGCCGUCAUGAACUGUGCUGAUAAUACAGGUGCCAAGAACUUGUAUGUCAUCGCUGUUCACGGUAUUCGUGGUCGUUUGAAUCGCUUGCCUGCCGCUGGUGUCGGUGAUAUGUUUGUUGCCACCGUUAAGAAGGGUAAACCAGAAUUGAGAAAAAAGGUAAUGCCGGCUGUGGUGAUUCGUCAGAGAAAACCGUUCAGAAGGAGGGAUGGCGUCUUUAUAUACUUUGAGGACAAUGCGGGGGUGAUAGUGAAUAAUAAGGGUGAAAUGAAAGGUUCCGCCAUCACUGGUCCCGUUGCUAAGGAAUGCGCUGACUUGUGGCCCCGUAUUGCAUCCAACGCCAGUUCAAUUGCUUAAAAUUCAUGGUUUUUUUUAAUAUGAUGAAGAAUUAAUAAAAUAAGAGACCACAAAAAACAAAA